UGAAACUCCACUCCAACCCGGGUAGAGGCGGUAACGCGCCUGACAGCUGCUUCUCCAACCUCCAGAAAGCACUGAAAUAGAAAAGGUUUUCUUUUCCCCCGAAUUAGCCAAUCCUCUCCUCAGUCAGGUUUAACGAACUGCAAUUAAAGCGCGUUACUGUUAGGAUUUAAAACGUCUUUCUGCUUUAAACGCUGAGAUGUUGUUUGAAGACUCAGCUGUUUGGAUGUCUGGAGGAAGUUCACACCUACACCUGGGGUUCAGACCAGUGAAGCGAUUUGAUGCCCGUCUUCCUUGUACCCUGACAGAUGGUGGGAUCGGUAGAGCGGUGCUGCAGGAUCGAAGGGAGCGUGGUGCGAUUCGGGGAGUGAUAAGAGGUUUGAGGUCAAGGCAGUUAAAUAUUAUGAGUUCAGCUGAUGGCAGACAGCACUCUUCCAGAAAGUCUUCAGCUCCUGAUUCUACUUGUUUACAGCUGUGUGAGGACAUGAAAACAGAGACUUCGGAUGGAGGGACAGAAGCCAGUGUUAAGAAAGAGGAGACCCUGGAGCCAAGCAUCAGUAACCAUGGAAACAGCUUAAUCAACACACCUGAAUUUAAAAUCCCCAUUAAAGAGGAAGAAGCUGAUGAUAAAGACUUCCUCUAUUGUGAAGCUUGCCAGUCCUACUUCUUUAAAAAGUGUGAGGUUCAUGGUCCAGCAGCCUUCAUUCCUGAUACUCCUGUUCCCAUGGGGGUCGCUGACCGAGCCAGACAAACUCUUCCUUCUGGAUUAGAGAUUGAGAAGUCCAGUAUUCCUGACUCAGGUCUGGGAGUGUUUAAUAAGGGGCAGACUGUUCCAGUGGGUGCUCACUUUGGACCCUAUCAAGGACAGAUGGCAGGCAGAGAAGAAGCCAUGAACAGUGUCUACUCUUGGGUAAUAUACACAAAUAAUCGGUGCGAAGAAUACAUAGAUGCCAAGAGAGACAUGCAUGCUAACUGGAUGAGGUAUGUAAAUUGUGCUCGUCAUGAUGGAGAGCAAAAUCUUGUGGUGUUUCAGUAUCAAGGACGUAUUCUGUAUCGUUGCUGUCGACCCAUUUAUCCAGGACAAGAGCUUUUGGUGUGGUAUGAAGAGAAAUAUGCCAGAGAUUUAGGCCCUGCAUUUGACUACUUCUGGAAUAAAAAGUGCUGUGCAAAGGAACGAACUGAUGUGCUGUUGCCAGGCUUCUUCUGCUCCUUGUGCACAUUUUCCUUUACAUCUCAAAGUUACCUCAACAAACACAUGAGGAGCUGCCAUUAUGAGGAGAAUGUAAAACUGCAGGAGUCAGGAGAGAUUGAAUACAAGGUUCAGAUGCCCACAUCAUCUGAUUCUCUCAGGUCAGACACUUCUCAAAAAGAAAUGCAGAAGGAAAUUCACCCCUGCUCAGACUGUGGAAAAAUAUUUACUCAACUAGGUAAUCUUCAACGACACCAAAACAUUCACAAAUUAGAGAAGCCAUAUCACUGCACACAGUGUGGAAAGAGUUUUAAUCGAAAAGAUCAUCUUCAACAUCACCAGCACAUUCAUGCAGGAGAGAGGCCCUAUCCUUGCUCACAGUGUGGAAAGAGUUUUAAUCAUCAGAGUCAUCUCCAAGAACACCAGCGCAUUCACACAGGAGAGAAGCCGUAUCGCUGCUCACAGUGUGGAAAGAGUUUUGCUGAUCAGAGUUCUAUACAACGACACCUGCGCAUUCACACAGGAGAGAAACCGUAUCAGUGCACACAGUGUGGAAAGACGUUUCGUCAUCAGGGUAAUCUUCAACGGCACCAACGCAUUCACACUGGAGAAAAGCCAUAUCACUGCUCACAGUGUGGAAAGUGUUUCUCUCAACAGAGUCAUUUCCAACAACACCAGCGUAUUCACACAGGAGAGAAGCCGUAUCACUGCUCACAGUGUGGAAAGCGCUUUACUAAUCAGGAUAAUCUUCAACAACAUCAGCGCAUUCACACAGGAGAGAAGCUAUUUCAUUGCUUACAGUGUGAUAAGCGUUUUACUGACCCGAGAAACCUUAAGCGACACCAGCGUAUUCACACAGGAGAGAAGCUGCAUCACUGCUUACAGUGUGGGAAAAGUUUUAUUCAAAAGGUUGAACUUCAAUUACAUCAGCGCAUCCACACAGGAGAGAAACCGUAUAUCUGCUCAGAGUGUGGAAAGAGUUUCUCUCACCAGGGUUAUCUCAAACAACACUACCAUAUUCACACAGGUGAGAAGCCAUAUCACUGCUCACAAUGUGACAAGAGGUUUAUUCAAAAAAGUGCUCUUCAACAGCAUGAGCGCAUUCACACAGGAGAGAAGCCGUAUAACUGUUCACAAUGUGAAAAGAGUUUCACUGACCCAAGAAAUCUUAAACGACACAACCGCAUCCACACAGGAGUGAAGCCGCAUCAUUGCUCACAGUGUGGAAAAAGUUUUAUUCAAAAGAUAGAACUUCAGUUACACCAGCGCAUCCAUACAGGAGAGAAGCCAUAUCACUGCUCACAGUGUGGAAAAAGUUUUAAGCGAAAGGAUCAUCUCCUACAGCACAUGAGAGUUCACCCAGGAGAGAAGCCGUAUCACUGCUCACUGUGUGGAAAGAGUUUUGUUCAAAAGGGUGCACUUCAACAUCACCUGCGAAUUCACACAGGAGAGAAGCUGUAUAACAGCUUACAGUGAGGAAAGAGUUUUACUGACCUGAGAAGUUUCCAAUAACAUCAGAGCAUUCACACAGGGAAGAUUAUAUUCUGAUUAUAUUACCAUACUUUCUACCUUUACACUUAGGGUAAUUUUGAGCACGUUCAGUUUUUGAGAAAAAGGGAAAAAAUAUUAUGGAAUGUUUGACCUCAAUGUUAAAUAGGCCUACAGUACAAAUAAUGUUAAUGUUGAUAACGGCGGUGACGGACUAUGCUGAAUUUUAUUUUUUUUUGCACUCCACCACCGAUCAUAAUGAACCUAAUUUUCAAGAUGCAUAUACUGUAAAUUGAUCCUUUCAAAAUGUGUGAUCCGUUUCUGUCCAGUCAGUGGCAUUAGGCAAAACCGCAGUCUUUCCGUGGUUCAUUGUUUAUUUCCCCUGAGCUCUGCUUUCCGAUGUUCAGCAAAAGUUGCCAAUGAUGGACAUGUUCACCAGCGCAUCUAGCUCAGAUCUCUGGUAAUAAAUUCAUAAUUGGUGUAGAAUACAUGUAACAUGCAGCAAGCAAAUGUCACUGAGUAGGUGGAAUGACCAGUUAUUUAUGUUACAAGUUUCUUCCCUGUCCUUGAAACAUUUACCCCAUCUGUUAUUUAUUGUAGCAAUUCCAUAAAAUGCUUUUCAGAAAUUGAAAACUGACCUGAGCUCAUUCUUGGCCCUAUAUUCAAUGACGGCCAAAACUAAUCAGUGUUCGAUGAUGCUUUAACUUUAUGGGCUUGGGGCGUGUUCCUGGGCAGUCUGGUGGUUUUUCUUUAUAGGUGUGUCGGAGAACAGUUUGAUUUGAACAGAAAUGCUCAAUUUGCACAAAUUAAAAUAAAACCUUUAAAUUCUAAAUGGAA